UUUGGGUUGUACUUAGAAACCGCUAGAAAAAAUUCUGUGGUGUAGGCCCUCUCAAUUAAACCCAACAUUUCGAAGUCUUUCUCCACUCUUUGCAGCUCCAACAAGGGAAGCUAAGCGAUCUCUUUAUAGAGGCCUGGUACCAAAAAAAUGGGUUUAGGCGUGUUAGCUUCAAGAUACCUAAAAACCUCAAGAGUCAUCUCUUCUCAAUAUGGUAGAUUCCGACCCAUCGUCACCAAACCCGAGCUCCAAUCCCCCGAUGCCUCAGCGACUGCAGCAGCACCGCAGCCAGAGCCUACUCCGCCUCCACCAAAGAAACCUGUGGGCGGUGCGCGGGUCCACUUCACUAACCCGGAUGAUGCCAUCGAGGUGUUCGUCGAUGGGUUUCCGGUGAAAAUCCCUAAGGGCAUGACUGUUCUUCAGGCCUGCGAGAUCGCUGGAGUUGACAUUCCUAGGUUUUGCUAUCAUAGCCGACUCUCGAUCGCUGGGAAUUGUCGUAUGUGCCUUGUCGAGGUUGAAAAAUCCCCCAAGCCCGUCGCCUCUUGCGCCAUGCCGGCCCUCCCCGGAAUGAAGAUUAAGACGGAUACACCAUUGGCAAAGAAGGCACGUGAAGGAGUGAUGGAAUUUUUGUUGAUGAACCAUCCCCUGGAUUGUCCAAUCUGUGAUCAGGGUGGAGAAUGUGAUCUCCAGGAUCAGUCUAUGGCAUUUGGAUCUGAUCGUGGCCGUUUUACUGAAAUGAAGAGAUCUGUUGUUGACAAGAAUCUUGGUCCUUUGGUAAAGACUGUCAUGACUCGGUGCAUUCAGUGUACAAGGUGUGUCAGGUUUGCAACAGAAGUUGCUGGAGUUCAGGAUCUUGGCAUGUUAGGUCGUGGUAGUGGAGAAGAAAUUGGAACUUAUGUUGAAAAGCUUAUGACAAGUGAACUUUCUGGAAAUGUAAUAGAUAUCUGUCCUGUUGGAGCCCUUACCUCUAAACCCUUCGCAUUCAAGGCCCGAAACUGGGAGUUGAAAGGAACAGAGACCAUUGAUGUAAGUGAUGCGGUUGGAUCCAACAUUCGGAUUGAUAGCAGAGGUCCUGAGGUUAUGCGUAUCCUUCCUCGUUUAAAUGAGGAUAUAAAUGAAGAAUGGAUAUCAGAUAAGACUCGCUUCUUUUAUGAUGGAUUGAAGAGACAGAGGCUAAAUGACCCCAUGAUUCGUGGUGCUGAUGGGCGCUUUAAGGCUGUGAGCUGGCGCGAUGCAUUGGCUGUUGUUGCUGAGGUUGCCCUUCAGGUUAAACCAGAGGAAAUUGUUGGGAUUGCUGGUCAACUUUCUGAUGCUGAAUCCAUGAUGGCACUGAAAGAUUUGUUAAACAACAUGGGAUCAAACAAUGUGUGGUGCGAAGGAACUGGCACAAGCCCUAAUGCUGAUCUAAGAUACAGAUAUCUUAUGAAUAGCAGUAUUGCUGGUCUUGAGAAGGCAGAUGUAUUCCUUUUGGUUGGUACCCAGCCAAGGGUUGAAGCUGCUAUGGUAAAUGCCAGAAUCCGUAAGGCGGUUCGGGCAUCAAAUGCUAAGGUUGGCUACAUUGGUCCUCCAACAGACUUCAACUAUGAUUAUCAGCAUCUUGGCACUGGCCCACAAACACUCUUUGAGAUUGCUGAGGGUCGUCAUUCUUUUUGUUCAGCCAUCUUAAAUGCCAAAAACCCAGCCAUCAUUGUUGGUGCUGGCCUGUUUGAGAGGACAGACAAAGAUGCAAUUUUUUCUGCUGUUGAAGCCAUUGCAAAUAAUGGGAAUGUCGUCAGGCCCGACUGGAAUGGAUUCAAUGUUUUACUUCUUAAUGCUGCCCAGGCUGCAGCCCUUGACCUUGGACUUGUGCCAGAAUCCAGCAACAGCAUCGAGUCAGCAAAGUUCUUGUAUUUAAUGGGAGCUGAUGACAUGAACUUGGAUAAAGUUCCGGCAGAUGCUUUUGUGGUGUAUCAGGGCCAUCAUGGGGACCGCAGUGUCUAUCGUGCCAAUGUGAUUCUUCCUUCAGCAGCAUUCAGUGAGAAGGAGGGUACAUAUGAAAAUACAGAAGGGUGCACUCAGCAAACAUUGCCUGCAGUCCCUACAGUUGGUGAUGCUAGGGAUGAUUGGAAGAUCAUUCGAGCACUCUCCGAGGUUGCAGGAAUUCGUCUACCUUACGAUACACUAGGAGGCAUACGCUCCAGGAUGAGGACUGUAGCACCAAACCUACUGCGCAUGGAUGAGAUAGAGCCGGCUGCAUUUGGACCUGGGUUGAGUCCUGACUGUACUCGAGAGCUAAACUUGACACCAUUCAAGGCUGCUGUUGAUAAUUUCUACAUGACUAAUUCCAUUACUAGGGCAUCAAAAAUAAUGGCACAAUGCAGCGCAAUGCUGCAGAAGAAGUGAGUAGUGUGGAUUUCAGUCUUAGUUCACUUCUUUUCUUUUUUCUUUUUUUGCUUUAAUCCUAUCAAUGCCUUGAUUUAAGCCGUGUAUUGGCUGAGCUUUUUGAACUGUAGCAAUAUGUCAAUAAAGGAAGUUAAGGUCCUUUUGUUUCUUUGUAACAUGCUUUGCAAUGUAAAAGCAUUUCGAUAAGUAAGACUCAUGGUUUCCAAAUUCAUUGCCAUGUGCUUUCAACUUCCUGAUGCCACCUUAUUCUAUGAAACAUUAUCAUCUAAUCAUUUACCGUUUCUAAUCCUAAGAA